AUGCUUAGUGCAGACGAAAGAAAAACAGUUCUCAUCACAGGAUGCUCCCCUGGAGGCAUAGGCUAUUCGCUUUGCUGUGCCUUUAAAGCAAAAGGUCUCCGUGUGUUUGCGACAGCGAGACGACGUGAAGACCUUGCGAGUCUGGAAGCAAAAGGAAUCGAGACGUUACCACUCACAGUCGACAAUCUGCAAAGUGUACAGCAAUGCUAUGCUGAGAUCGAGAGGCGCGUAGGUUCCAGAGGUCUGGACUACCUGGUCAACAAUGCGUAUGUAGACUUGCAGGAAGCCCGGCAGCUUUUUGAAACAAACUUCUUUGCCGUGAUACUGAUGUGUCAAACAUUCCUGCCGCUGCUCGUGAAAGCUAAGGGGACAAUUGUGCAAAUUGGAUCAGUAUCCGGAGUGAUGCCGUACGUCUUCGGUUCCGUCUACAACGCAUCCAAAGCAGCCUUGCAUUCCUUGAGCGACACCAUGCGUAUUGAACUAGCUCCAUUUGGAAUUAAAGUCACCACAGUCAUUACGGGAGGCGUCCAGUCACGCAUUGCUCGGGAGGAUCGCCAACUGGCGCCAGACUCUCUUUAUCAAGGCAUUCUGCCAGAGUACAAUCGCCGCGUUCAACACAGUCAGGAAGGUGCAAUGAGCCGCGAUGCUUACGCCAAGAGUGUGGUUGCGCUGAUAGUGCAACAUACUGGUUCGCGAUCAUACAAGAAAUGGCUGUGGGAAGGAAAUAAGAGCAAGUUGAUACGGUUCUUCGUUGGAGGAUGGCUUUGGUUUGGCUUCUUUGAUUGGCUCUUUGCACGCAUGUUUCAUUUGAAGAAGUUGAAGAGGGAUUGA